GCCCCGGUGCCCGUUCUCCCAUGAUAUUUUCUCAGAUCAGAACCAGAAGGUCUUGAAGGCCAAUGAGAUCAGUGGACUGAAUGAGGAUGAGAUAAAGGUUCUCCUGCUCCAGAACGACAACCAACUGCUGCCUGAGGUUUGUUGGGAGUAUUUUAAGGAAUCAUGUGAUCUCGGGAAGGAUUGUUCGCGGCUUCACAUUUGCGGUUACUUUACACGAGGAGAAUGUAACCGUCGCGCCUGUAAACAUUCUCACCACCUUCUGGAGUUCGGUUCUGAUCUCUUACUCACUCGCUGUGGUAUGUCUUUGGAGUCUAUUCAGAACUUUCAGAUGAUUUGUACAGUGAAACACAAUGAACGUCUCCAGACACUGAAGGCAGAGAACAGGAAGGACCAGGAGAAGGGGCAGAAUGGAGCCCAGAGAGGAAGAGGAGGAAGACCCCGGAACAGAGAGAUGAGGAAUCCUCAGGAUGGAACGAGAAGCCAGAGUCAAGGAGCAGCAGGGUUUUAUGGCUACGAGAAAUCAGACAGCCGCUCAUUGUCGAAGAACAGGGAGAGUCAUCUUUGUGGCGAUGAUGAAUGUCGUAUAAAGAACGAUUGGUUUAUUUCUAAGACGGCAAAGUCUGAAGACCGAGGAGCUUCAUUGCUUGAAAUGGCGGCAAAAUAUUCUUCCUAUAUGCAGCCCAUGAUGUCAUCAGGGACACACCCACCAACUCCCCCUAUGUAUACAUCCCACCCAGUGACUGCUCCUAAGGUGUCUUCUGCUCAAUCAGGAAACCCAGCCGGGCACUUCUUAUCAUCUUCUACCUCAUCUGCCCCUCAGCCAACACCGACCAUUACACCAUUGACCACUAUAGGAUCAGUCAAUGCUUCACCAACAGCUGUUGCCAGACCAAGCAAACCAGUUCAUCUUCCUGUGAAGGGUCCAUUGGUUGCAGAUUCUGUUAAGGCAGUGCCCUCGACAGUGGUGAACCUUUUAGCUUCUCCAGUGCCAACUACAGCAUCAAGCACUUUAACAGAUUCUCCUACAAAAAGUCCAUCUGUACCUCAAGAGAAACCAGUCAACCCCCCCUUUGCUUACUCAUACAGACCUCAACCAGUUGUCAUCACCAUCAAACCGGCAUCCUCCCCUGCAGCAAGUACUUCCAGUGCUCCAUCAACACCCGGUCCAAGAAUGGCUGAUUCUUCCAAAAUUCAGUCACCAUUUUCUAGUAGACUGGUUAAUUCUAGUACAGAAGGUCCAUCUGUUCAAGGGGUAAAACCAGUCCAGUCCAAUGUCCAGUCACAGGAUCCACCUGCCCCCUCUUCUGGUAAGCCCCAAGCCAGCAUAAAACCAACACCAAAGGUGGAGACUAAAGACAUAUAUGACUUUAUGAAAAAGGAUCUAGGAGAUUUUUUGACUAUUAACCCUUCACAUAUAGGUCAUCAGGCAGAGAGAACAUCUGUGACUGGAGCCGUUUACCUGCCACCAAAGAGACCGGAUCCUGACAAAAUCCCGGAGAUCUGUCUUUCGAGUCUUUGGAAAUACUGCAGGUUAGGAGGGUGUUGUCCGGACAUGCAUUACUACCUGCCGUACCGCUGGCAGAUUUACAAAGGAACCGACUGGGAAGAUAUUCCCAAUAUGGAGGAGAUUGAGAAAUGCUACUGCGACCCAAAGGUUGACAGGGUUCAAUCGAUUGAUUUUGUGACUAUGAGGUCUGGCAUGCACCGCGUUCGUCGCCUCUCCACCGUCUCAUCGGUCAAGAAGCCGCAGGAAUAUGUCCUGACCACUGAGUGGCUUUGGUACUGGAAGGAUGAACAUGGCACCUGGACACAAUAUGGGCAAUUUAAUGUAAAACAAGUGAGCUCCACCAUAUUGUCUUCAGACCUGGAGAGCAUCUAUCUCUCUGAUCCCACCGCAGUCAUUCCUUUCACUGCUGGCUAUCAGCACUAUGAGAUCAACUUUCGAGAAAUGAAGCAGAGGAACAUUCGGUAUACAACGGAGAAGGACGUGCGCAGGAGACCGAAAUAUCUGAGCUUUGAAAAUGUGAAAUUACUGAAGGGAAGUACAAAAUCAUCAGCACCUCAGUCCCCCCUGCAGUCACCACUGUCCCCCCUGAAGACUGACAUCUACCCAAGUACAUGGGACACGUCGGCCCUGCCGGAGAUCGGCUGUCAGAAAGUUCCCGUCUCCGACACAUCCAGCGAGUUCUCAGAAAUUGUCAGCAGCUUCACCAAGACGGUCAGCGGGCAUGUGGUGAAGAAGCUGUGGCGUCUCCAGAACCCAUCUCUGUGGCAGGUGUUCCAGUGGCAAAAAGAACAAAUGAAAAAUGUAAAUCAGGGACAAGACGUGAGGGAAACGCGACUGUUUCACGGCGCAGAUACGGCACAUAUAGACGACAUCUGCAAUCAGAAUUUUGACUGGCACCUUUGUGGCACCAAUGGCACUGCUUAUGGACAAGGAAGUUACUUUGCCCGAGACGCCUCGUACUCCCACACCUACUGCACGGCGGUCAGCGGGACGCGCUCAAUGUUUGUGGCUCGUGUGCUGGUGGGAGACUACGUGACUGGAAACCCCCAAGAGAAGCAUCCGCCGCAGAGACCCGGCAUUAACACGCGGUAUUAUGACUCCUGCGUGGACAACGUCACCAAUCCCUCCAUCUUUGUGGUGUUUGAGAAGCAUCAGAUCUACCCCGAGUAUCUCCUGGAAUACGAAGAACCGAAAAAAUCCUGUGUUAUCUGCUGAACGAGCCCAAAAUGUCUCCUGAAAACUGAGGCAACUGUAACAAGAAUUUAGAAUAAUCCAAUAGAUUCUACACCUAGAACGUAAAACAUAAGAACGCGGCUGUCCUUGGGGUCCUGCAUCUUGGCAGAUGGAGUAUUGUUUUCACUGAGCCUGGUGGAAAUACUACAUUUCCCAAAAUGCAUCAGAACUUGCCAUACAGGCAAUGAGACACCAGGGGCAGCAAAGAGUAUUAGUAAAGCCUUACAAGUAAAGAAGAGGGAACCAGCAGAAUGGUGAAUGCAGCUCUUGGUGUGAUUAGAGCAUAAGUCACAAAAUUCUAUGGCAGGGAAAUGGUUUUGGCAGGGCAUAAUGUCUUUUAGCCAUAACAAAUACCAAGAUUUAUGGGGUUAUGCCCCAAGCUAAUCUCCUGUAAUCUUGGCGUACACCCUAGGGAAGCCUGGUGGGCCCCUAGCUGAGGAUUAGUGAGGUCAUCAUUCUAGUGUGAUGACAUCAUUAAUAUUAUACACUGGCCCACUAUUUACUACCCUAUAAAAGAUAGUAUAGGGUAGUAUAUAGGGCCUUCAUCUACAUAGGGUGGUAGACAGGGUCUGUGGGCCCAUUAUGUACAUGGGGUGGUAGACAGGGUCGGUGGGCCCAUUAUCUACAUGGGGUGGUAGACAGGGUCUGUGGGCCCAUUAUGUACAUGGGGUGGUAGACAGGGUCGGUGGGCCCAUUAUCUACAUGGGGUGGUAGACAGGGUCGGUGGGCUGAUUAUCUACAUGGGGUGGUAGACAUAGUCUGUGGGCCCCUUCAUCUACAUGAGGUGGUAGACAUGGCCUGUGGGCCCCUUUAUCUACAUGGGGUGGUAGACAGGAUCUGUGGGCCCACUAUCUACAUAGGGUGGUAGACAGGGUCUGUGGGCCCACUAUCUACAUGGGGUGGUAGACAGGGUCUGUGGGCCCAUUAUCCACAUGGGGUGGUAGACAGGGUCUGUGGGCCCACUAUCCACAUGGGGUGGUAGACAGGAUCUGUGGGCCCACUAUCUACAUGGGGUGGUAGACAGGAUCUGUGGGCCCCUUCAUCUACAUGGGGCGGUAGACAGGGUCUGUGGGCCAACUAUCUACAUGUGGUAGUAGACAGGGUCUGUGGGCCCCUUCAUCUGCAUGGGGUGGUAGACAGGGUCGGUGGGCCCCUUCAUCUUCAUGGGGUGGUAGACAGGAUCUGUGGGCCCACUAUCUACAUGGGGUGAUAGACAGGGUCGGUGGGCCCCUUCUUCUACAUGGGGUGGUAGACAGGGCCGGUGGGCCCGUUAUCUACAUAGGGUGCCUUGAGCCCCUGGAGGGAAGCUUCCGCUGGAUGGAAGGUUCCUGGACGAUAUGUCGUCCUGCUCUCGUAUAUCUGGACUCCGGUCCGUCUUGUGUGAUUGUCGCCCUCCUGAUCCCCAGACAGGAAACAGGACAGGAGGGUGAAGAGCUAAAUAUGAUGAAGAAAUCUGAUUUUAUGUUUUGUGAAUUUACUAAAACUUCGACACAGAUCAGUAAUUUUCCAGUCACCCUGGGAUACAGCGCUAUGACCAGAGGUGACAACCGUGGAGAAUCCUUUCUUGUACUGUGAAGAAUAAUUUAACUCCUGUAGCCAAUAUGGCUACAGGAUGGCCAAACAAGAUCAUUCUAUCAAUAUAAAAUCAUAACUAUGAAAUUAAAAGGGAACUCCACUUAAAUAAAUAAUCCCUAUUACUGGUGUUACUUGUGUAAUCUGUCUCCAUUGUGAUCAGACAUGAGAUCUACACAAUGUAUCCUACAGGAAGAGCUAUUUAUGUAUUACUGCUGAUAACCAGCCUGUUUAUCAUGUAUAGAGGUAGUCACAGCCCCGCCCCCUGCAUGACAUCACUGAUAUAAUAGUAAUAUAAUGACAU